CUUGAGAGACCUUGGCAGACAUAGAAACAGCAAACUCCCGUACUCUUAAAAUGACAUAUGAAGGUUACAUUUGCAGUGUUAAUCUCAGACUUCAUCACGUAAUGUGAAAAAACUCAGUAUUUAAUGUAAAUUGGUAGGUAUGUUCCCCUGGGGCACGUCUUUAUGGUGAGAAUUGCCUGUACUUACUGGUCGAAUUAUUUAACACACCGAAAAGAACUGAAAUGAUAUUACCCUGCUUUCCUCUGCUGGUUGAUAGGAGCCUUGUAUUCACGAAGUUGUUACGUCUUAAAAGUAGUCCCUCAACCUUGUACGACAUUUUGGAAAAUUGUAAUAUAAGAGUAGAACUUCGUGAGGAUCCUCUCGAUUCAACAUCAAUAAAGCUCUUAGCGUUUUAUUCACAUAAUGCGUGGAGAUUUUUGGUCGGACCAUAUUACAAAAGAAUACACAGCAUUGUAACAAGGGAAAUAUUUCUCAGGAGAACAGUUGACUUCAAAGGUCCUCCCAUUAGAAUGAAGAUAACAGCUGAAACAACUAUUCAAAAAGUUCCUGUGAAAACGUCUCAUCAGUUGACUGGUGAACCAAUCGAUACUUAUUUCGUACAUGCUGAAAGCUACCUUACGGAUCUACCAACUGGAAGGUCACCUACUUGUCGAAACUGUUCAGACGUUGACGAAUCGCAAAUCGCUUCAGAGGAUGCAACUACUAUGGAAAGAAUAAACAAGAAGGUGAAAAGGACAAAAGUAAAAUGGAAUCCUAUAGAACUUUUAGUGACGUCAUCCUCAUUCAAAUCAAAAAAUAAUGAAGAUUAUGGAGAGUUCAUUUAUCCAGCCGAUAGACUGAAAUCGUCUGGUCUGGUUUUAAUUGAGGGAAAAUAAAUUUGUUCUUUAAGUGUGCGCUUUCUUGAAGUAUGUCUGCUUAAACUUCUGCAAUACUUUUGUGCAAAGUUCUACAUUGAAAACAAUGACUCAGUGGGUCAGCCAUCAAUGCUUGCAUUAUAACACAUAAACAUUUUGUUUUUUUAUCUUUCCAAGCAAACUGAACUGUCCUUUUGAAUGACUACAAAUGUUUGACCUUGAAUUCAAAAAUCGCGCUAUUCAAUUGUCAAUGUAAUUCGAUAUCACUAUGAAUUGUAUUCUUUAAUUUAUGUCAAUUUCAAAUCAAGUGAUUCACUGAUUAGCUGAUUUGAUUGAUUUGUUCUUACUUUCUAUAUGUUUAUAUGACAAAAAUGAGUAACACUAUUAGCAGACUACUUAAUUGACAUAUGAGUAGCGAGCUGAAUAAGUUUAUCUAAAUUAGAAGGAUUUUACUAAUCUUUUUAUACGAUCAAAUGUUGUUUGGUAACAAUUAACUGCUUUCCUUUCCUAAAUAUAAAUUUUUUUCCAAG